UCAGUCAAGUGUCAUUCAUUGUCAUUUGUUUUAUUUAUUACAAAAAUAUGUCGUAAUUUAUUGAUAAAAAAAUGAUAUAAGUCUUUAUAAAAAAUACAAAAAAAAGCUACAAAUUUUGUGUAAUUCUACAGAAGCAAGCCAUGGCCCUCCUUCCUCUAGGACGUAUUUUAUUAAGAACUACAAAAUGUUACGCGACAAGUCACUUACCGGUGCGAAAUUUGAUGUCGAAACAGUUAGUCUACCACCAAUUUGGAGAUCCUCUGUGUGUUGUGCAGUUCCGGGAAGCUGCUGUACCACAGCUAGGGGAUCUGGAAGUACUCGUCAGAAUGCUAGCUGCCCCUGUUAACCCUGCCGAUAUAAACACCAUACAAGGAAAGUAUCCAGUCAAGGUUGAUCUGCCAUCAAUUGCAGGUAACGAAGGUGUGGGAAUUGUAGAAGAUGUUGGCAAAAAAGUUGAAGGCAUUUGCCCAGGUAACAAGAUUAUUGUGACAAAACCAGUUCAAGGAACUUGGAGAAAUUAUGCCAUAUUCUCUAAAGAUGUAGUCAGAGUCGUCCCAGAUAAUUUAGGGCUGGUCGAGGCAGCCACACUCACGGUCAAUCCCUGUACGGCAUACAGAAUGCUUACUGAUUUUAAACCAGUCAGAGAUGGACUGGUUGUUAUCCAAAACGGGGCCAAUGGGGCUUGUGGACAAAAUGUCAUCCAACUAUGUAAGGCGUGGGGUGUCAAAAAUAUUGCUGUUGUUAGAAAGAGGCCUGACAUAAAUGACCUAAAGAAAUUUCUGGAGGACCUUGGAGCUACCCAUGUACUCACUGAAGAGGAGUUAAGGACCACAACUAUAUUCAAAGAUAAGGUUAUUGCCAAACCUACUUUGGCUCUUAAUUGUGUGGGUGGAAAGAGUACCACAGACUUGUUAAGGCACUUGGAACAUUCUGGUACUAUGGUUACCUAUGGAGGCAUGUCUCGAGAACCUGUCACAAUUCCAACUUCUGCAUUUAUUUUCAAGAACUUAUCAUUCUUUGGAUUUUGGAUGACAAAAUGGAAUGAAAAGGCUGAUAAGGCAGCUAAAGAAGAAAUGAUGUGUGAUAUUGUUAAUUUGAUGUGUGACCAGAAGUUGAAAGGUCCAGUUUAUAAGCUGGUCAAAUUUGACAACUUCCAGGAAGCCAUUGGCAAUGCCCUGUCAUCAAAAGGAUUCACUGGAUGCAAAUAUAUCUUAGACUUUAGUUAGAUCAUUAAGUAUAUGUUUAUUUAGUUUAUGUUGUGUAAGUAACACACCAGGCGUAAUCUAUGUUUCACCAUAAGCUUGUUUAAAUAAAAUUGAUUCUUUUUAAAA